AUGCGGCCUAUGCGCGUGUGUCAGAGCCUGCGCUUCCCACGAGCCUGGUGUGCAUACAAGGCGUUGAGUCGGGCAGGGCGGCCACACGUGACGCGUGUGACGGUGAUCCCUUUGGACAGCGCCGUCCCAGAAGAGGAUCCCAAGCUGCGGUUUCUGCGGGAGGAAGCUGCCAAGGUGCAGUUAGAUGCUGAGGUGACAGAUGCCAUGCUCAAGGAUCUUCCCACACAGCGCCACAUGUCCAAGACUGCAUUGCUCCAAGGCAUCCGGUCCCUGCACUGGUUCCAGACCGAAGCGCAGAUUCGGGUGGAGCAUUUGAACGAGUAUUGGGAUUUGCUGGAGAACGUGGGUUGGGACCAGGCCAGGGGCCUCUUGCCCCAGGACUUGGCAGAGAUCUUUCAGUUGCUGUCGGUGUGCAAGCGCCCGAGCACGGAGCUGGUACGCCUCAUGAGCCAGCAGUGCCGCCUGCUGUGCCGGACUUUCGGGGCACCCGAGGUCGCCCAGGUGGUGCGUGCCUACGGUGCCCUGUCCUUCCGCUCCGCACGGAGCAUCCAGCAGCUGAGCCGGCGCCUGGCGAAUCUGCUGGCGGACCCAGAAGCGCAGCGCACGGUGACCGGGGCCCACAUUGUGGCAGUGGCCGGCGUGUAUCCCCUGCUGCAGCUCACGUGGAAGGACAAGCACCAGGACCAGGCGCUGCGGACGUGGAAGGCCUUCGCGGUGGGCCUGGCAGAACGUUUCCCCAAAAUGACUUGCCGGGAGGCGGCGGUGGGGCUGAACGCCUUCGCUCGCCUGCGCUUCGAUUCCUCGAGCAUCCACCUCCAGGUGUCGCGUCUCUUCGUGGUGGCCGCGGCGGAGUUGGUGCCCCGCGUGGCCGGCGGCGACGGCGCGCCCCGGGAGCUGGCGCUCAUCGCCAAUGCCUUCGCCAAGGCACGGGCCAUGGCCCACGUGCAGCCGCUCAUGAAGGCGGUGUCUGCCCGGGCCGUGGAACAGAUCGAAAGCUGCAACGCCCAGGACUUCAGCUGUUUGCUGAAUGCCUUCACGCAACUCACAGUGCGAGACCCUCCCUUCUUCGACACAGCACCCACGGUGAUGUUGGGCAUCUUGGGCACCUUCAGCCCGCAACACCUGUCCCUGACAGCCCACGCCUACGCUAAGCAGCAGGUGCGGCACGAGGCCUUGUUCGACAAGGUGGCGGACCUGUCGCUGCGGCUGCUGGACCGCUUCACCCCGCUGAACUUGGCGAACUUGGCCUACGGCUACGGGCGCCUGCAGGUGCAGCACCAGGAGCUGGUGAAGGCCCUCGCAGAUGAGGUCAUCUACCGGGGCACCAUCGGCAAGAGCCUGCAGGACACGGCCGGCUCCGGCGGGCUCUACCGCUUCCCCCUGAGCCCUUUGGAGCGGCUCACGCAGGCCUUCGCGCGGCUGUCGGUGAAGGACCAGCGCCUCUACUUCGUGCUCUUCGACAUGACGCGCCAAAGGGUGCGCGAGGCCGUUCGAAAGGUAAAGGACACCACAGUCGAUGGCGUCGAGGCCAAGGUGGACAAGUCCCGGGUGGCGUCGCUGAUCUCCCGGGGGGAGGAUUUGGACAUGCCGACGGGCCAUGGCUUGUCCAUUUUGCUGUCUGCCUUUGCCAAGAGCCAGGCCAACUUCCACACGCUUGUCAGAUGGGUGCCGCGUCAGGUGACCUCGCUGGAUGGGCAAUACUCGACCAUACAGCUGGCCAGAAUGUUCAAUGCCUGCACCAGGUUGGGCAUCUCCCAUUCUCCCAUGUACUCGGAUCUCUUGCAAUUUGCCAAGCCGCGGGUGCCGCAGAUGUCUCCGAGGGCUCUCACCAUGCUUCUGCGAAGCAUGGCGCGGGCCAAAGUGUCCAGCAGGGUUGUCAUCCGCAAUGCGCUGAAGGUCAUUUCCGCCAAAGCGAGCGACUUAGACGUCGUAGAUGUGUGCGCCUCGCUCGUGGCGUGCUCUGAAAUGAAUUAUCGUGAUGAGCGAUUCCUGAGGCUCUUGGCAUCUGUGGCGCGCACUAGAAUGAACGAGAUGAGCGGCAGCCAAUUGGCAACAGCAUUCGCUUGCUACGCGCAGAUGCGCAUCCAGCAUGCUGCCUGGUUUGAUGCCGUCCUGUUCGAGAUUUUUCAGCGGCAACAUGAGCUUGGGGAGAAGGACGCUACCAAUGUCGCUUAUGCCAUGCUUCUGCUGGCUGCAGUACAUAAGCAUGAGUCACAGCUGGCGCCAGAGCAGUCGCUUGGGCAGGUGCCCUAUCCGUUUGACGUACACCAGGGUGUGCUGUACAGCAUGCUAAUGGUUACAAACAACAAUCGGAACGAGCUGAGCUAUCCGGCCCUGUACCAGCUGCAGAUGGUGGAGCUGUUUUUGCGGCUGCUUACGCCGAGUGUUUACGACGACAUGCGUCAGGAGUUGAAAUCCCUGCUAGCAAAGGCCAGGAAGGUCAACGUGGUGGUUGACGAUUACAUGCAAAGCUCCUCGCGGCUGCACAGGCGGAUUUCUCGUUGGUUCAUGCGAGUGGGGCUGCAACAUCGAAGCGAAGUCUUUGUUGGGCCCUUCAUGCUCGACAUGCUCAUUGGUGAGCGCGUGGUGGUGGAAAUCGACGGCCCCUCUCAUUUCUACCGCGACACCAACACGCGCACCGCGUCCAGCCUGUUGAAGCAUCUCCUUUUGCGGGCGAUGGGCUUUCACGUGCGGCACUUGCCUUACCAGGAGUGGCAGCAGUGUGGAACUGCGGUGAAGCGCACAAUGUACUGCUCUGAGUUCUGGAAGGAUGUGGUUGCGGCCACGGACAACACACGGUUGCCUGAGCUGGUAGAUAUCCUGGAUGUUGUGGUGAGCUGGCAGAUUGGUGAGGGUCCCCACCCCAGUGCUGCCCUUUUGAGGCAGGAACAGGCCCCGUCGUCCCUGCCUGCCUUCUAUUCAGAAGAGCUGGAGGACGAGGAGCGCGAGCUGCUGGCGGCCCACGCGGAGGCGGAGGAGUCCUUGGCCAAGGACCGCGCGCAGGGCCUCAGCUCCCGGGACCGCCUGCACCUGGACCGCGCCAGCGCCAAGGAGGUCGAGGAGACGCCGAUGGAGGACCAGCUCCGGGAGCUGUUCCCGCGGUCCAAGCGCCGUGUGGUGCGGCGCUCCACGGCGGGUCUCUUCGACUUUGAGGCGAUGGAGGCGGAGACGGACAGCGAGGAGGAGGUACCUCAGAGCUGUCAUCCCAUUUUCUGGUUCGUGGCCGGCAAAGGGCCAUUCUCCAUGUCAGAACCUGAAGGCGAUGAAGACUUUGGUGAGUACUCUGGAGGUGGCAAUCCUCGAGCCUCUGCCUUUGCCAGGGCCUUUGAUGUGGAGGAGCAGGAACCAGGCCCAGUUCGUCGAGUAAGGGGCAGGCGCGCUGGACCCUACGACGAGGCUGUGGAGGUUGAUACUGACUACAACGGCUUUCCGCGCUUUUCGCAGUACGACUGGGAUGAGCCUGAUUGGGAACACGACCAGUUCGACGGGCCCCAGACGGUAGGCUCUGCUAUCUUCGUACGAAAUCUGCCUCCUGGUGUAGAGGGACACCAACUGAAGCACCUCUUUGAGGAGGCCGGCCAGAUCGCCAACAUCCAGGUGGACCAGGGGCCAUUGCCGACCGCGACCAUUGGCUAUUUGCGACAGGGCGUCGGCCACGAUGCUGUCCAGAUGUUCCAUGGGCGGUACUUGCUGGGCUACGAGCUCAAGGUGACUCCCAAGGCCGCCGACAUGCCAGCGGCCAGAAAGGUGGACGACGACUUCUGGCGACAAGAGUUGCGCGACAUGAAGCAGAGGGGGGAGCUGAUGCGGAAUGAUCCAUGGGUGGUAGAGCAGUUUGGAGACGAGGAAAGGGCGGAUCGAAAGGCAGGCCGAAAGGAAAAGGGAAAGGUGCCGCAGGAGGCGGCCCCAGGGGCGCAGGAGUUGGUCAAGAGGCUGGCUCUGGAGGAUGUGGACGAAUUUAUGAAAUUGCAGGAUCAGUUUGUCUUGGAGCAUUUCUCACUCACAGCAAAGCUUUAUGAGCAGGUAACUCUUCCUGACUGGCAGCACUGCCUCCUUUGCCCCCAGCACAUCAUGCUGACGCCAGGAGGCAGGCUGAAUCAGAUCAUGGAGAUGGUGAAGCAGGAAAAUCCGGCUUUGCGACACCUGCACGUUUUGCUGGUUGCGGCUGGCCAUCCAAAGAAGCAGGUGGGCUACAUCAUGUUCCAGGUCCACAAGAGUGGCAAGAGGAGGAGCGACGGGACAAGUGCCGCUUUCGUCCAGGUGAAGCAGCUCUUUGUGUCGUCGAAGCACCGUCGUCAUGGAUUGGGCAAGCUCUUGUUCGAGAGCAUGCUGCAGGUGCUCAAGGGCCCAGAGAAGGACGACUUGCGCCUGAGUGUGUUGGACUUGAAUGCGGCUGCCUUCAAGUGGUACAUCGCCCGCGGCUUCGCGCUGGUCGGAGUUGUUUGGGAGUACCUGGGGCCACAAGAAAGUGCACACUUGGUGGCCUACCAGGUUAUGCAGCGAACCUCCAGGAAAGCGGCCAAGAGUGACAAAGCCAUCCUCUUCCGCUCCGAGGUCAUUGGAGAGGUCAUCAGCCUCACCUACCCAGACAAGUCCGGGCCCUUUGAUGUGACCAUCCGAGGGUGGAUUGAGUCCGAACAGUUGCACAUGGUGGACUCCCGAAACCUCUCCUCCUUCAAGGGAGAAAGCUUUACUGAUCUCAUCGACUUCAAUGAAGCUUUCAAGAGUGGCCGGGCAGCCUUUCACAGGAAGCUUUCCCUCGUGCUGCGAGACGUUGAGAUGACAAAGCUGUUUGUGAGAGAGGCCAAGGCCCAAGAUCGCGAGCUGGCAACAGCUGCGCCAAAAACAAGGGUGCGCAAGGAGUUGCGGCUUGGUGGCCGGCGCCGCAUCAAGAUCCUUUGA